AUGCCGACGUCCCGGCCCGGUUCGGAGCCGGUGGAGUUCUGGGUGGACGGGUCGAGACGGGACGGUACUGUGGAGGAGUUCUACAAUCUGAGCUCUGAGCUGGGCAGGUCUGGACCUCCUCCUUAGUUCACAUGAGUUCAUAUGAGUUCACAUGGAUGAGGGGUCCCUGAGAUCCGGUUCAGUUUCAGCUGUAGUCCUGAUCAGAGUCUGAUGUGGGUCCAGACCUCACAUGAGGACCUGCAGCAAUGAUGACCUCUUAGACCCGGUAUCAGGGUCUGAUUUAAAGAUCCUCUAAAACAGAGUAGGUCUGGGCGAUUUGGUAAAAAAUAUAAAUAAAUAAAUAUCACGAUAUAUUUCGUCAUAUCGUCCGAUCUGGAUUAUAUCACGAUUUUUUUAAACUGCCAGUUUUAAAGCAUCUGUACUAAAAACUAAAGAAACUAGAGAUUAGUUCAACAUUUUAUUAAUAUACAAAGUAAAUAAAGAAAAUUAAAUAAGAUCAACUUAGAAAAAUAUGAAAACAUUUAACUCAACAGAACAACAAAUAUAGAUGAAUACUCAAUAAUACAGUGAACUAGUUUACAGUCCUGAGUGUUUCUGCAGGAAUGAUAGACCCCAAAUAAACAAACGUCCCCUCAGAGAUCAUGAAGACGCCUUAAAAUGUCAACAUUAGAUAAUGUAAAUGUAGAUAAUAUGAUUGAUUUCUUUGGUCUGGUGGAUGCACCGCUAGUUGUAGCUAAACUGCUAAUGCUACUUGUACCAUCAGUGGUGACAGGCUGUACAGACUCCGCCCACAUUUUCAUGUUUUCAGAUCUGUUGUGUUGACGGUUUUUGAGGCACCGACCGCCGACAUACCUUACACAUCAGCUUCAUGUCACAGUGUCCAAGCUCCGGUCAUAUGAUCACGCUCCGCACAGUAGAGGGCGCUGUGGGCAGACCCUGAGACUGUACAGCAGGCAGAUUGUUUUUUUUUACUCUGUCUUAUUUAACAGUUGGUACACCCUCUGCUUCUUUCCUUGUCUCCUCUGUCCUAGACUAUCGACUGGGAUGGGUGGGUGAGGGGGUGGGGUAAAAACCCAGAGGAAGAGGAGCUAAGGAAUCUGGAAUUAUGACGCCGGGUUUCGUGGUGUUCCGAUAGAGCGUCAUAAUUCUGCACCCCACCGUAACACAGAGUUAGACCCCCCCUCCAGAGAUGAAUGUUGUCGACCGCUUGCUUCUCUAGUUAUACCAACUUUAGUAACGACCGCAGGAUAGAAAUACAGAGAGACACGCCCCCAACCAAAAGUCCACUCUAUAGCCACAAAUAAUGCUCAGAACAGCACCUAACUUCAUCAACAGGACAUACAGGGCCACAGCCAUAGUACUAGACACCAAACAUCUUUUUAACUUUGACUCAUUUCUUUAGCAAAGAGACUAAACACAACUCACCUACUCUCUUCCAGCAGACGCUUGUUUGUAUGGAGACCUGACGAGUCGAUCACCGAGUGCAGCAGAGUUUCGCAGCUCGAGGCAGAGUUCUUGUGUAUCUUGUAUGUGUACUGCAGACGCGGUAGUUCUUCCGCCCCUGAAGUAAUGAUCAUAAAUUUUCCGUGGGACUCGGUGAUCGUUCACCUCAUGGUUAUAGAACACAAUAAAAAAAUCUAAAUGGUUACAGGUGGACAGGAAGUGUUGUCUGUUAAGACAGCUGAAAUGGUUAAAAACAGCCUCUCAGUAAAAGGUCACAGACCGUGGUUACCUGUUAAAUACUUCACUUAUAAUAGUAACAUCUACGCCACAGACUAAGAACAGCAACAAUACACAGUUAAAGAGUUUUGUUCCCACCUAAAAAUGAUGUCGGCACGCGUUAAGUUAGUGAAGUCUAACACGUACAUUGGUCUUGGUUAAAAAGCAGCGAUGGUUACGUUGUACAUUUAAAAAAGGAUGUAAGAAAUGAGAACAUUUGAAUUGAGAACACAGACACUAGGAAUGAUUACUUUACACCACAAAUAUGAUUAUCAUACACACUAAAAAUGGUGUUUUUACAAUCAACCAAUGGUUAUCUAACAGUUAGAAGAGUCAUGCGAUGCUAAAACGCUUCAGGCUAGUUUGUAAAAAGUGUUAACAUCACACACUCAAACUCUAGAAAUGGAUCUAGAAAAAAUGUGGUCCCUGGCGAUCCAACAAACCAGGUGGCGUCAUCCCAAAGGAUAGAAGUCUAAGAACUGGGUCAGAGCAGUGAGCGAGUCUCCCACUUAAAUUCUUCACGUUGAUUACUGGCUGUUAUUUCUGGUCGCUCUGCAUGUUCCACUUUUGGGUCGGGCCAUAGUACUUCCUCCUUCGCCUCUCUGUCCAAACCUCAGACUGAAUAAAACGUAGACUCAGUGACAUCCAAAGUCUGAAGCUCGUCAACAUUGUCCGCCAUAUUGGAAAUGCUAACUCAUCCUAACUUCUGGACAGCCUCUCAGGAGACAAAGAGGUGGAGCUGAGGCUGUGGCCACCUGUCAGCCAAGUCAGGCCUGUGGGGACUGACUCACUUUCAGAGACAACCUCUAGUGGACAUGACAGGAACUGCAGUUAUUUUUUCCGAACAAAGACGCUGACAGUCUAGGUAAUACUAGCGUGCCCACAUCUCUACUCCAAGGGCUGACACCAUGUCUGGACCUGAGUCACCAGGUCUGGAUAUGUGGUCCCUAAAUUGUGAGUGCUACAGAAUUCUGACAGAGAUCUCAGUGAGGUCAAAGUCAAUUAAAACAGAAAUCGGAGUUUAGUCUGAGAAUAAUCAUGCUUUUAUGGAGUGGUACAUCCGUGUAGCACCGCUAACAGAAGCAGCUAACAGCUAGUCCCGCACUCUGACCUCCUGAACUACAGACAACAGCAGAACUGACCUGCGACUGACAUAACAGACACGUGAUGGGCUUUAACAGGUUCUUAAUCUCUUAAUGUCAUUGACCGUCUACGAUCAUCUUGCAUCAUAAAUAACCCUGUAUGUGGCGCUAGCAUGUGAGCGUCAGUUUGUGAACUGUUCUUGUGAUGGAAGAACCGUUCUUUUGACUGUACUGAACCAUUAGAAUUCGUUCAUUAAAAUGAGUCGUUCAUAAAUGUUUUGUUCACUGAAUCAGUCAGUGCUUUGGAGCCCUGUCCUGCCGGUGCAGUACACCAGUGAGUGACACAGCGGCUAACCGAGCGCGAGUCGUCGUUCUUUUAUAUGUCGGAAAAGUGGCGAGAUUAAAAAUAAAUAAAGAUGUCAGCUGUAGCGAGGAUUCAGAUACAUUUAAAGAUAUCAAAUAUCGUAUUUCUAUAAAUCGUCUGAAAUUAAAUCUUCUUACAGGAAAGUUUAAACACAUGUUUUAAUGUAAAGGCGCCAUAAUGACCUGUUUUAUCUGAGCCUCAGUCAACCAACCGCUGCUCGGCAUUUUCGAACGGCGCUACACCCCUCCCUCCUCUGCCUGAAUCAAGUCGUUCAGAAGUCGUUCAUUUCGUUCACAGUCUGACUGAUACAUAACGUUCAUCCGCUGUGAGCAAAUCAUGAGACUCCGCCCACCCGCUGGCUGUGUGUCAUUCGCGGCUGCAGUUCCACUCCUGACCGACACACCAGGCUCGCGGCUGAGCUCAACUGAACUGAGAAAGGAACAAAUCGUGUCUCAGAGUGAUUCAGUUCAUGUUGUUCACUCAGCAGUUCAGUUCUUUUGAACGAAUCGUUCAUGAACGACACAAUGCUAAUGCUAGCUGCUGUCAUAUUCAGCUGUGCUUCGAGCUCCAUGCUAACAUUUGUCUUCAAAUGAAGCUUGAGGUGGGUAAAAAUGAAGGAACUGCAGAAGAGUCAAAAUCUGCAGUUCCUCUCUUGUCCACUGGAGACCGUGUCCUACAGUGAGUCGGUCUCCAUAGAGCCCCAUGUUAAAUGUUCAACUCUCCAUGCUGGAUUGUGUUGUUGUGCAGUUGUUUACAGUGUGUACUUGGUGUGUUCCCGUGUGAAUCAUGUGUUUGCAGCGUGAAGUGUCUUUUUACAGUGUGUUUACUAUCAGCAGUGUGUGUUUUCAGUGCUCAGUGUGUGUUUACCCUGAGGAGUGUGUUGACAGUGUGUGAGUGUUUACUCUCAGUGUGUUUGUGGGUGUUGUUUGUUGUUGUUGUGUCACCGUAAUAACACAAACAGCUCCGUGGAAACACUGAAAUGAUGUCAGCACUAAAUUCAGAGACGUGUGAGCGGGCCACCACCAGCUCUGUAACCAGGUGUCCUGUUGCCAUGGAGACCAGCCAGGACUGUGUGUGGGUGUGUGUGUGUAUGUGUGUGUGUGUGUGAGCGUUUGGUUGCUUUUCAAAUGGAUCUGUUUCCUCCAUCUGUCCUGGCCGAAUAACAGAUCCCCCAUGUGCGCACACACACACAAACACACACACACACACACACAUAUAUGUGUGUUUGUGUGUAACACUGUUGUUGUGUGUUUGUUACAGAGGAGCGACGUCCAUCGUGUAUCGCUGUGAGGAGAAACAGACUCAGAAACCCUACGCCCUCAAAGUCCUCAAGAAAACGGUGAGUGUUCGGCCAUGAUGGAGGAAGUCCAGGUCGCAGGAGGAUGUAGGGGAAGGUCCCGUCCUCCUUCGCCUCUGAUUGGCUAGAAGUGCUGGGCUCCUUAUUAUUAUUCCUUAUGGCUGUGAAACGUCAUCGUCUGUCGGGUUAGGAGAUUCAGAAAUACGACGAUGUUCUGUUCGAUGUUCAGAGCCGACAACCCGCGCUCGGCGUGAGCGUGUGAUGAUGUUUCACAACCAAUCAGAGACAAAGUAGGCGGGACCUUCCCCUACCAUCCUACAAUAAAAAUCACAUCCAGGUCCUGAACGAGUCCAGGAAACCUUUAGCCCGCCUCCAGAGACUGGUGUGUCGUAUUCUGAUUUAAAAGUCCCCAAAGAUAAGACUGAUCCAGAAGGAGCUCCAAACUAGUUCUCGGCUCAUUUUCUAAUAGCGCCCUCUAGUGGUUUUAUUUGAUUGCUAAAGUUGAAAGUUCCCAGAUGCCUGUCAGAUACCAGGAACCGGGACCGCCCCCUAAAGCCGGAACUCCUCUCAGAAACUUGGAGCAACUCGCGGUGCGAUCUGUUGACCUGACCAGAGUUUUUUAUUCUGUUGCAGAUCGACAAGAAAAUCGUUCGCACGGAAAUCGGCGUGCUGCUGCGACUGUCACACCCCAACAUUGUGAGUCUGUUUUCUCAUACUGUCUUUAAUAGCGCUGUGGAGUGAAGCCUGGGAGCUAGUCCAGGCAGGUACCCCGGGUGCUCUAAUGCAUCCCUAACCCUGACCCCCCAGUCAGCGGUUCUUGUUUCUGAUGAUAUUUGAGUAAAAAGGAGUUGAGGAGCUCCAGUCUGCUCAGACUGUACUCGGCUCAGGACUCUGAGGAGGCCCCUGCAGACAGACUGGAGGUCUGUUUCAGGGGUCCGAGUCCGUCAGCUCUCAUCCUGAGGUUUCUAUGACGACAUGAAGGAUUCAGAUUUUCUCUGCAGAUUCAGCUGAAGGAGAUCUUUGAGACCGACACCGACAUCGCUCUGGUGCUGGAGCUGGUGACAGGAGGAGAGCUGUUUGACAGGUACACACACACACACACACACACACGUCAUUCCUGCUCUCUGAUUGGCUGUCAGGUUCCCAUCAUUAUUCACCCUGGAGUGUUUUUAAAACCUGAGGAGAGCUUCUCCAUCUCCUGUCCAGAGUUAUUUAGCUCAUCUUCUCGAAAUCAUUUCUGAGGUUCAUCUCAGACUCAGACUCCAUCAGAUCUGCUGCUGAGGACCUCAGACACAAACUGGAGGUAUUGAAAUAUAAGAAAUAAACGGAUCAAUAACUGAACUGCAGUGGUACGUGCAGACAGGAGGGUUUUUCUCGGUGAUUCUGCAGCUCCGACUCGCUCACACCUCCGCAGCAGGAACAGCUGGAUCUCUCUGUUAACUGUUUCAGUCUCUGAUUCCUCACCGGAGUGUCACUGUGAGCUCGCCGUGAGAGCGCCGCUCUGACGGCACAGUGAUCAACAGCUUGUGCAGAUCUGCAGCAGGUCUCAAAGCUGCAGGAUGAACCACAUCUAUGUUUGUCUGCAUGGAAUAAACAAAUACAGCGAUACUUCCUGAGAUCCAACGCAGUCAGAUGUUUUCAGCAACAAAAGCUCUUUUUUUAACCAAAUGAUCAGAAAUGUCAUCUUUAAUCUUCUCAUGAUGUUUCCUCGAUGUGUUCGUCUCCAGGAUCGUGGAGCGCGGUUACUACAGCGAGAGAGACGCCGCUCACGUCAUCAAACAGAUCCUGGAGGCCGUGGCGGUAAGAUUGAUGCUUUUAGCGUUGGUCCUGUCGAAGGUUCAUAAAUGAGACAUUGAGAGGAAUGAAGCUGAAGACCACCGGAGCAGACUCUGACAGAUUCCUGGCUCUGCUCUGACUGUCGUUUCUGCAGGAAGUGGUCGGAGGUGUUAUUGAGGUUGUUGGCGUUGAUCGCAGCUCUUUUUAUAGUUCCAGUUUUUAGCUGCAGGUGUUUCUGUCGUUCCCAGCGGUGGUUGCUGAUGUUCGUGCUGCUGUGGUUGCCUGUUGUUCUGGUCGACAGGUUUGUUGCAGUCGUUGGUUUUAUCUGGUUUGAAGGUACUGAGGUCUUUGGAGAUCCAUCCAUGUGGACUGCAGAGGUGGUUUUGGUUCUGGCAGCAGCAGCUUGUUGCAGAACUCUUUACUAAAGUUGGUUGUUUACACGUGUUUAAGACAGACGUCAGCUCCAGCUGCUGUGGUUGUUAUCUGUCAGUGAUGAGUAGUUGUCGUUGCAGAUGUCAGAAGGUUGUCGCUGUAGAAGUUUUGGGUUUGUUGGACGUCAGUGAACGUUGUUAGAUUAUGAAGGGUGUCAUGCUUUGUUUCAGUGGUUCCCGGUUGGUGCAGUUGUCGACAUUAGUUGCAUUAGUUGUCAGUGAUGAGUAGUAGUUGUGUUGUUGGUGCAGAUGUUAGCAGCAGGUUCUGCGGUGAGUUGCAGUUGCAGCUGGUUGCAGGUGUUUCUGGCAAAGUGUUGCUGCACAUGAUGGCAACAUGUAGCAGCUGCAGGCGUCUUAUGCAACAGCAGCUUCCAUCCUGCUGCUGAACAGAUUAAAACUGGAGAGGAUUAACACACACACACACACACACACACACACACACACACACACACACACACACACACACACACAGAGGCAGAAAAACACAUAAACACACUGUCAACAGCUGACCUACAUCCACUAUGCAGAUGAACAUACGCCCAUGUGUGUGUGUGUGUGUGUGUGUGUGUGUGUGUGUGUGUGUGUGUGUGUGUGUGUGUGUGUGUGUGUGUGUGUGUGAGGAAACACUACAGUUGUAUUUGCUGUUUUAGAUGUUGGUGUGUCGUGUUAAUCUUCAGCGCAGAAACAUCCUGCAGCCUUUGAACACAUCGUCCUUUUUCCCUGAACGUCUCUGAACCUGCGGGUCGGACCCUGAACAGGUCUAGAGACACAUAAAGACCUUUUCAGAGCUGGGAUUAUCUAGACCAGGUCUACAGCGGUGAGGGUCUCUGUGGUGUUUGUGUUUCCUCGGGUAGAUGAGGGUUCAGGACUCGAAGCGGUGUGAGACGUUUACAGAGAAAGAGGCUGAAAUAGAGACGCUCCGACCCGGGGACGGUGGAAAGUCCACAAGAUGCUAGUUUGAGUUCAGGAAGUGAGUGUUCAGAGAGCAGCAGGGGAUGCUGGGAGCUGAAGGAAGAGGCCAUCUGUCAGGCUGGCUUGCCAAAUCCUCUACAAAGCCUCUAACCCCACACGGCCGCCGCCGCCACCGCCGCCGCCUCACCUGAAGGCAUCAUUAAAACCCUUUCAUUGUCCUGUCAGCAACAUGAGUCUGGUGGCUGCCUGUAGGGGGCGCUGAGAGGACUUUAUAAAAACUUCCCUCCAUCUUGUGUUUGUGUGUUUCAGUAUCUUCAUGAGAACGGCGUCGUGCACCGUGACCUGAAACCAGAGAACCUGCUGUACGCCGACCUGUCCCUGGACGCUCCGCUGAAGAUCGGUAACAAAAACUCUACGAGGUCUCAAAUAAAACCCAACUGUAGCUCCGGCAGGAAGAACGCCGAUAAAACUGUAACCUGGGGGACGGUGGCUUUUCUGACGACUGACAGAACACAACAACACAACAACACAACACCAACACACAUCUGAACAACAUUACAACACAACAACACAACAACACAACACCAACACACAUCUGAACAUGUUAACACAACAACACAACAACACAACACCAACACACAUCUGAACAUGUUAACACAACAACACAACACCAACACACAUCUGAACAACAUUAUAACACAACAACACAACAAUAGAACAACACAACAACACAACAACACAACACAUCUGAACAACAUUACAACACAACAACACAACAACACAACACCAACACACAUCUGAACAUGAUAACACAACAACACAACAACACAACACCAACACACAUCUGAACAUGUUAACACAACAACACAACAACACAACACCAACACACAUCUGAACAACAUUACAACACAACAACACAACAACACAACAACACAACACCAACACACAUCUGAACAUGUUAACACAACAACACAACACCAACACACAUCUGAACAACAUUAUAACACAACAACACAACAAUAGAACAACACAACAACACAACAACACAACAACACAACACCAACACACAUCUGAACAUGUCAACACAACAACACAACAACACAACAACACAACACCAACACACAUCUGAACAACAUUACAACACAACAACACAACAACACAACAACACAACACCAACACACAUCUGAACAUGUUAACACAACAACACAACACUAACACACAUCUGAACAUGUUAACACCACAACACAACACCAACACAUCAAAUCUUCUCCUGAAACCAAAGACCAACAUAAGAGAAAACAGGAACCUAAGUUCUCACUCAUGACAUCAAGUGUCCACUAGGGGGCAGCAGAGAGAGUUUUACGGGGAUCAGAACACCAAAGUGUUUCAGACCAGCAGAGAGCUGAAGUCUGAACCUGCUGUACUUUCUUCAUAUUUCAAGGACUCGUUAUCAGGACAGGGGCAUCUAUGUCAGACAUCUAUGUCUUCAUAUCUGUGAGCUGUCUGGUAGAUUGUAACAGAGUGGGACAGAGGGACAGAGGAUGUGAGUUUUUCCUCUCUGUCCCCAUGAACAGGACUGAUCACAGGUGCCCAGAAGAAGAGGGCACCCUCACCACGCUAAUUCCUACCAGAUCCGUUUGUGAGGCGAAUUUCGUGGCGGAUUACAGACAGCAGGAAUCAUGAGAACUCAGAAGAACCUGCAGAUUCACGUUCAAUCACUCGAUAACGAGUUGUCUCUCUAAAGACAGACACAUAGACAUAUAAGCAGUAGAUUGUGUCCUUCCAGAGGAGGAAAUCUACUUCUAGACUUCUAGAAUCAGCAUCUCCUCAUCCAUGGUGUCAUCGGGGUGAAAUGACGUCUAAAAACCUUUCACUUGUUCGUCUCCGCCCGUUUGCAUGGUGUGAAAUACGAUCCUCCUGAAACACGGAGUGUUUUAUUUUGAAAAGAAGCCGGAUGUUUUAUUUUGUGUCUGUGCCCGACUUCCUUUCCAGCACGGGUUAAUCUGUGCUGAAUUUAUCCGCCAUGCUCCGGCGUCCAGAAAAAAUAGAACUCUUGUGAUCAGCUGAGGAGUCCGGCGAUCCGCAGAGGAACGGAAAGAAGUCGGUGUAAAUUGACACGUUAACUUGAACGGUUACGAUCAGCUACGAUCGGAGGAUACGACCUUUUAGUCCUACCCUGAUGAUACCAGGGCCAAAACCUGCCGCCUGAGACCCUCGUCGAGCUCUUCUCCAUGCGCUCUCUUGAAUUCAUGCUCACACACGACUUCGAGCUUCAACCAGAUAAGGACUGAGCCGUAACCAAACAAAAAGAGCAGUGAUUAGAUCAAAAGUGGGUGUGGCUUAUCCAACUGUAGCAGACAAAUUAAAACAUGUCAGUAAAUCACUUUAAAGAUGAUGAGUGAAGACUGGUACUCCUAAAAAACCGAGGACCAUAUCAGUGCUCCUCCCCCCCGCCUCAGACCGUCCAAACGCUAAAUUUAUAAUAUUGAUUUUUGGACAGCGCCUGAAAGCGGCCCUGGUUCCUCGCCUCCGGUUGGAGCAGCACACUGAGUCUGGAUGUAAAAGAGAGGAUGGGGCUCAGUGUUGGGUUCUUUCAUCCAGGCUGGUACAGCUCAGUGUGUGUGUGUGUGUGUGUGUGUGUGUGUGUGUGUGUGUGUGUGUGUGUGUGGGCCUCCAGAUGGCUGCUGGGCCUCCGGCUAACAGUCACAGAUGGAGGAAGCUCUCCGUCAGCCUCCUCACCGCCAACACCUUCCUUUGGUUCAGAGACACGUUCUCCUCUACCUCCACCUACCACGGCUCCACCCCCUCCUUCACUUGAAAUAGAAACAUGAAACUGCACACACACACACACACACACACACACACACACACACACACACACACACACACACACACACACACCAGGACAACAACAGGAAACUCUCCAACAAUCACCCAUGUGUUCAAAUGUUCUCCUCUCUCACAGCCGACUUCGGUCUGUCCAAAAUCAUCGACGACCAGGUGACCAUGAAGACCGUCUGUGGCACGCCGGGAUACUGCGGUGAGUUUAUCGCCAAAACACGAGGGUGGGUGGCGUUUGGAUGGAGGAGAUGAUGUAACUGCAGUGAUAAAGUCAGAUGGUUCUGCAGCAGGAGCUGGUGGUGUCCAGGCAGCAGAAGAAAGUGUUGUUGUAGUUACAGACAGUCGAAGACGGUGAAGCAGGAAGUGGUUGUGGAUCAUGUGACACCACCGUGGUCUAGAAAUGAUUGAGUGUUAAACCACCAAACUGAGGCCGGGUCCUCAUGUGGGCCAGGAUUUAUUUGAGGUUCCUGAAGAAGUUUGGCCGUAGGCAGUACCUCAGAGAACCAUGACGUGGAUGGAUGAGAACCUACCGGACACGCCGUCCAAAGAGGAGGGUUUACGAAGGGUUCCUGACCCCUAAUGCCCGUCAUUAUUUACUCCCCCUGCGCCGCAGUACGAUGAAGAAAACCACAAAGUUUACUCCUGAACGUUCUCUUUAAACUAGCAGAUUUAAACAAACUGGGAACCUGCCGUCUCAGCGUUGACCUUCAGUGACCUGAAGACGGUUACCGUGUGAACAGGAGCGAUCAAUCAGAGCAAUUAAAAAUACUCACUAAAGCGUCUCAGAUAGGCCUGUCACGAUAACAAAUUUUGCUGGACGAUAAUUAUGCUACAAAUUAUUGCCGAUAAACGAUAUUAUUGACACCGUUUUUUAAAUUAUAGAAAAUGAUAAUAUAUGGCAUAAUAAUGCGAGUACACCGUGUCAAAAGUGAUAAACUUUAAUUUCCGCUGUCUGUCACCAUUUUGCACUGUUUUGUUUAUAUUUGCUUUGCUUACCAAACGGUACCUGUCGGGACGAUAGCUCCGCAGCACCUCCGGCGGAACUUUUUUUGCUCAGUUGGGAAAAAUGGAGGGGAUGAUUGUGCUUGAGGUGCGCAUGCAUGUUCGUCGUAUUCCCCUUCUUUGUCACCACAACUUUGGAACAAAUACGACAUAUCGGCUCGUCUGUAUUUGUGGGCUCACCUCUUUCAUUUGGUUUCAAGCCGAAAUAUUCCCACACUUGGGCUGUUGCGUUCGGUUUAGACACCAAAGCUGUCGUGUUCAUUCUGUUUGCUUGCUUUUCACUCACUUGCAGCACUGUAUCCAAAAGUCUGUGUCUGUGUGCCUGUGCGCGCCCCUCGUGACAAAGACACUGAAUGACUGACAGGAGGGUUCACUAACUCCGUUCAUUCCGCUAUAGAGCCAACGCCCCCAGGUGCCGAGAACAAUGCGCAGAGUGAGACCUCUUCUCUCAUCCAGCGUGUUUGGUAGUGAGAGGGGAGGAAAACAAACGCACGUCAAUUAUCGCGGCUGGCAAAGUUAUCGACCUCGUUUUUAUUUACCGAGCGAUAAGGCGAUUUAUUGAUUAUCGCGACAGGCCUAGUCUCAGACCAGCAGGUGGCGAUGAUGUGUAACCAGUCUGUCAAACAAUAAAGAGGAGCUUCACUUAGUCCUGACUGCGAAACAGAUGAUCAAUCAAUCAAUCAAUCAAUCAAUCAAUCAAUCAAUCAAUCAAUCAAUCAAAAAACAGCUGUCUUGCACAGGUUAAAGCUCUGAGGUUGGCGUCUUCCAAAACGUUUGAUUUUGUGUCUGAAUGAACACAAAAAACUACAUUUCUCUGUUUGCACCGACUCAAAAAACUUAAAUGCAGCAAAAGACUAAAAUGCACCAAAAUACCGAGGCGUGGUAUGGUCAGAGCCCUGAACACGGACUGGUUUUUGCAGACUCUCUGUGAUCGUCAUGUCUGUGGAGUUCGGAGCUGAGGCGGUUCGCUCUUAUCUCAGUUCACGCUCUCACAGUCUGUUCCAGAGUCGACCUCGGGGGAUGAGUAAACGCUGUUUCAGUAGACGCUGCUGUAGGUGGUACUUUUUUGGAGAUGAUGUGUUCACUGACCUGUGCUGCCCUGAUAUCUGGUAGUAGGCUGUGGUGCGUUCACUGCAGCAGCUGCUCUGUAGGAUUUGACAGUUAUGGCGCUCAGAGCUUCUGUUAACCGGUUCUUCUUCCUGCAGCUCCAGAGAUCCUGCGGGGAAAUGCCUACGGCCCCGAGGUGGACAUGUGGUCGGUGGGCGUCAUCCUCUACAUCCUGUGAGUCCAUUAACACCUGCUGACCGGUCUGAGUGUGUGCGGUGUGACUCAGUCCUGUCAGUGUGGAUUUCUUCUCUGGUUUCAUGUUUUAUUUUCCUCGUCUGUCUCGUAGCGACGGUAAAGCGCCGACAGGACGUGAACCUCUACUUCCUGUUUAUCUGUUUGUCUCAGACCCUCUAGUGGCGUCUUUAAGUGGGUUUGAUAAUGACUGUCAUCACUCAGGUCGUUUACAGUCACAGUUUAAUCCGACUUCCAAACCCCAUACAAUCGUCAACAACAACUCUACUCUGGGGGUUUUGUUCCAGGGCGCACGCUCACAUGCAUCGUCCGAUCAUACUCCGACUACGCUGGUCACAUGGUCGAGAAAAUCGAAUUCCAAUCGUCUUAUCUGGGUGUCUUAAUCGGAGUUCUGCUGUCAGACUUAUUUGAUUUUUCUUUUUUUUAAAUCAAACAUCAUUUCAAAGACUCUGGUCCUUAUCGAGCUUCAGUGUCUGACGUGUCGUUUGUGAAUGUCGUGUUGUGUCCAGAUUGUGCGCUGCUAAACUAGCAAAGCCUGAUGGGACAUAAUAAAUCCCUCUGCUUUGGACCCUCAGAGUGCUGAAGACUUCGCUCUGAUUCUUCUGUAUCUUUGCUGAUUUCGUCUCUGUCCUGUCCUCCAGCCUCUGUGGGUUCGAGCCCUUCUUCGACCCCAGGGGGGACCAGUACAUGUACAGCCGCAUCCUGAACUGCGACUACGAGUUUGUGUCUCCGUGGUGGGACGAGGUCUCCCUCAAUGCCAAGGAUCUGGUGAGUGCCUCUGUUGCUCCCUGUGUGUUCCAUGCAGAGGGGGUUCUUCCUGGUCAGCUGUUCUGAUCUUGAACCGGUCUCUGUCGGCCCUCUGCAGGUCAGUAAGCUGAUCGUCCUCGACCCCCAUAAGCGCCUCAGCGUAAGAGAGGCUCUGCAGCACCCCUGGGUGCUCGGCAAGGCUGCUCGCUUCUCCCACAUGGACACCACCCAGAGGAAGCUGCAGGAGUUCAACGCUCGGCGCAAACUUAAGGUGAACCGUCGGUGCAAACUGCCGCGCGAAAAGUCAAAGGGUUCAAAAACUGACGCCGUCAUGUCUGUUUGUUCACAGGCCGCCAUGAAGGCUGUCGUAGCCACCAGUCGGAUGCAUGAAGGCUCACGGCGUCGCACCGACAGCUGUGAGAUCCCAGGCUCGGGGACGUCCAGGCAGAGCAGCAUGCAGCAGGACCCGCCUCCUGAAUCUUCAAGCCCCGCCCCUUCAGAUAAAGAGUCCCCACCCUCAGAUCAACAGACGCCACAGGAAGGAGAAUCCAAAUCCCUUGACCAGAAUGCUCCCAGCCCGUCCUCGCCAUGCAGCCCUAAACCACCGACCUCUGACAUCACGCCCACAGGCCCCGCCCCCGUCAGACCACCUUUGCGAGCUGACGGUCUUCGACAGGCCUCAGUGAUCCCCAAAACAGUCCCGGCUCAGCCCCGACCGCCACAGAAAAGCUGCUCUGUGGUAGAGCCCGCCUCCAGGGUCGAAGCCACACCCACAGUGGCCACACCUCCAAGUCCCAACAGCCUCAUCAAUGGCUUUGCACCAGGGGCGGGUCCACCAAGUAAGACCACCCACUGCCAGUGA